CUUCUGCUUAUGUCAGUACCGAUAUAGCCGCGUAAGUGAACACUCGUUUCGCGCAAUUGUUAUCUUCUUUGUAUUCUUCUUUUAACUUCUUUUACUCGACGUCAUUAUAGGUCUUAGCGGUAAUCGGCGCAGGAAAUGUUAAAAAAUGCAACUAAUUGUGAACACUGAGAGCACGGAUACUGAGAAGAUGUCGACAAUUGAACAAGAAUCUCUAAUUGAAAAACCAUUUAUCAAUGGAUCUCAAGAAAUGAAUGAUGUCAUUAAAGCAAUUGACGAUCAGGAAAUACCAAUUGCCAAUAAAGAAAACAUCCAAGUCGAAGAAAAUAAAAUUAUUAACAUUUACGAAAAUAGACACCCUGCAGAAACUCCAGAAGUUAAAGAUGACGAUAAGAUUAGUGUACAUACGAAAGAAGAAGCCAAAAAAUCCAUUGAUGAUGCUGCUGUGACUGAUGAAGAUUGUAAGCAAUUGACGGAUAGCACUGAACAUAAUUGUUCUGUCAUUAAAAAUGGGACUGAAAAUGUCACGCAUGAAAUUGACGAGAAUAAAUCUCAAAAUAAUUCUGUUGAAAAAGACGAGGGUUCGAAAAUUUUUGGUAUUAUAAUUAAUACACAGAAUAAUGCAGCUACAGAGAAUAAUGCAGUUAAAGAUGAAAACAAAAAUGAUGAUGAUAAAGAUGAAAACAAAAAUGAUGAUGAUACUGUUGUCAAAGGAAUAAAGCCGGUAAAGGAUACACAAUCACACGAAGAAACAGAAAUCGAUGAUUUAAAAGAAAAAAAAAAUAUCGAAGGUGUUGAUGUAGAGCAUGAAGCUAAGGUGAUAAUUAGUGAAGUUGAUUUUAAUGAAGUUAAAGAAAAAAAUAGUGAAUUUAAGCAAACAUUACAAGAAAAUUCACAUGCUUCAAUAACAGCAGAUGAAUCUGAAACCAUACCACAAAAAGCAGCCAACGAGUCUUCCGAAGCAAUUUCAGACUUAGGUGAAGAAUUUCCUUCCACUUGUCCAAAUGAUGGAGACUCUGUAAGACAAGAAAUCGCACAAAUUUCAACGAUCGACGCAGAUGACGUACAUAGUAUUAGAGAAAUCGACAGUACGAUUAUCUCUUCUGGUGAUAAUAGUAACUGUAAGGAAACUUCAGUACAUGCCGCUGAUAUUAGAGGUGAAAUAACACAAGGCGACAGUGAAAACACAGAGAUGCCUAAGGAAAUGUUGGAUCCCGGUGACGUAAUAACGGAAAUAAUCACUGAAGAGAAUAAUCCUGCGCAACUUACAGAGGACGUUGAAAUGGUGAGUACUGAAUGUAAAAUUAAUGAUAUUGCCGACGUUAAAGCCGAAGAGAAGAGUGAAUAUGCACAAACGGCAGAGCACGUUGAAGUGGUUGAUUUGCAAGAUAAAAACAAAGAUGAUGCUGACAUUCAGGGUAUCAUCCAAAUGGAUAUUAGUGAGAACGGGGAUAAAACCACUAUUCAAAGUUCGCGGAAUGGAGAAAUAGACGAUGUAGAUAAAAAUAAAGAUGAUAGCUAUAGUCAAGUUACCACUGUAUCAACUGUUGAUCAAAAUGAGAAUAAAGACACCAGUACAAAAAACAUGAAAAUCGACACUGUAAAAGAUAAAAAUUCUGAAAUUAAAAAUGAAAGUAAUGACGUUAUUGCAAAUACAGUCAAUGAUAUUGUAGACUUAGACGAAGUUAAAAUUGUUGAAGAUGAUCGCAAAGAGGGUACAUGUGAUAAGAAAGAAGUAUCUCGUGUAGCACAGAAAGUCGAAGAGAAGAUAAUAUGUACUACAACUAUUAGACUUUCAAAUACCUUAGAUAUUUUGUCUGAUGAUGACGAAGAACCUCCAAAGACUAUUUCACCAGAACCAUCUAAAGUAGAUAUACAAAAGGUCACAAGUCCUGAAGUUUCGGAAAAAUGUAUAAACCUAGAUGAUGAUGAUGACAUCAUGCUUAUUGAUGAUGUCACAAGCAGUGAUCUCAAGGAAAAAACCCCUGAGGCAACUGUUGAAAGUGGGAAAUUGGAUUUUGACCUUGAAUCAGUUAACAGCAAAGAGAUUGAAGACAGCAAGGUGCCAGUCACUGGCAAUAAUCUGGAUCCUGUUAUAUCGGAAAGAACCACUUCACCUAAAGUGACAACAGAACAAAUUGUAGAUGAAAACCCUGAUGAGAAAUCUGAAAAACCUAAACCAUUAAUUCCUGACAAUUUCUUUAAAACCUUCAAGAAAAACUUAGCUGAAAUGACCAGAGAUGACCUUGAGGAGUUCUGUAUUCUAAAAAUAGUAGAAAGUGUAGUCGAACGGAGCAACUUAAACGAUACCAAAUCAAAAUUGAAAACUAUGGCACUAGGCAUAGAAGAGUACAAAAAGAAAGCUAUGAUGCUCACGAAACAAAACAGAGAUUUACAAGUUGUUUUAAAGUCUAUUCAGGAAGAACUAAAAAAGAAAUCUGGUACUGCAAUUACCCCUCUAAAGAUUACUAGAUCUGUCGGUAUGCAAGUUAUAAUGCCGGACAAAAACAGGCGAAAAGGAAUGGUGCAAAAUACGGGGGCUAGUCCUAACACUAAUGCACAAACAAAUGUUAAUAAUAAUACUAAUCGACCACAGAGAAAUUCUAACCAGAACCAGCGACUUCAAAAACAAGCAAGUACCGUGCAGUCCAUACCAGUUCCUAGAUUAGUGCCAGCUACGAACACUAAUGUCACAAAUAAACCUGCACAACCUUCUACUACGAAUAAUGCAAAAGCAGCUACUUCCUUGCCAAAUGGCGCUAAAAACGCUCCAGUCACACAAAAAGCCGCUGAAAAACGGGCACACAGCCGUGUACAAUCUGUCACUGUAGAUUUAACAGAUGACGAACCUCCUGCUAAACAAACGCCGAAGAAUUCGCCAGUUCCACCCGUGCGUCUGAUACCUUCACAAAACCUUUUGUCGACGAGACAGCAGUUCACUCAAAAUAGUCCUCGAAAAGUCUAUAUACCUAUAAGUGGUCCCCAGGCUCAGAAUAUUAGACCGGGACAAGCUGUAAUGUUGAAGAAUGUAUCUCCAUCACCUGCACCGAGAGCGAACAGGCCUCCAAUGGUGCGACUGCCGCAAAGUUCAGUGCGCUCGGGCAGAGGUCCUAACAGCAACAGGCACCCGGCACCUUUACCGGACGCCAUGAAACAAUAUCAACCCCCCAACUGGAAAGCUUUACCACCAGCGCCGGAUCUAAAACUAUCCAAAGUAGAAAACGGCAUAGUCAUCUCAUGGAAAAUUGACGGAUAUCAAGAUGACAGUUACGAAGAAAUAGCUAGUUAUCAAUUGUAUGCUUAUCAAGAAACUUCAACGCCUCCAAACACGGCGCUAUGGAAAAAGAUUGGCGAUGUCAAAGCGUUACCCUUGCCAAUGGCCUGCACAUUGACGCAAUUUAUGGCCGGAUACAAGUAUUACUUCGCAGUUAGAGCUGUAGAUAUCAGGUCACGGGUGGGGCCUUUCAGCUUGCCUGGCAGUAUACUUCUCCUUAAUAAAAUGUAAGACUGAAGCAUAAGAACUUAGAAUUACAUAAUAUAAUAUUUGUUACUAUGAUGUUAUACAUUGUAGCAACGCUUUGUGUAGAUCUCUUUGGUAUUGGAUUUGUUAAUU